AUGGCCUCCCGAUCAAUACCGCCGCCGUGGCAACUGGCCGCUCCGUGACCUUCCAUGGCGGUCAUGUCUGUUAAACGCAAUUCCUUUCUUUCAAGCUUCAAAAACCUUCUUCCUUCACAGAAUCUUUACCAUAAAUUCAUUGAAGAUGGAAACAAGCUUCGAUUCCGUAGCGACAAAGACUCCACUGUUCAGACAUUGGGUUUGAUUCCUAUUGGUCACCCGUUAGAGGGCCACUGCCGGCUGUUAACUACAGGGCCGCGGAGGAUUAAUGGAGGUCUAGGUGCGCGCAAGCUGGACAGGAGAAAAAAAGACUCGGGUUUUGAACCAGGUGAAAUUAAUGUUUCUAAAUGGAAAAAGAUGGAUUCUAGAUCAUUGGGGAUAACCAGAUCAAUGCUCCCCUCAUCCCCCUUUACUGUUCUAAAAAUUCUUCGAACCAGAGGUGAUUUUUAUUCAUUUUACAUUUUUAUAUUGAACUUUGAAGUACUACAUAUUCAACUCGCUUGGGAUAAAAGCUCGUUGUUGCUACAUACCAUGGACCCUGGAUUUGAAGCCUACUUGGUUGGUGGUUGUGUGAGAGAUUUACUUCUAAAGAGAACACCAAGAGAUUUUGAUGUUAUAACUACAGCUGAUCUUCAUCAGAUUAGGAAGCAGUUUCAUAACUGUCACAUUGUUGGACGCAAAUUUCCUAUAUGUAGGGUGCAUAUGAAGGGAUCAGUUAUCGAGGUAUCCAGUUUCAAGACUUCCGCAAAACAUUCUGAAGAUAAAGAAAAAUUUCUCGUCUCUCAAGUGCCUAGAGGCUGUGAUAGAUCAGAUCUUAAUCUCUGGAAGAACUGUAUGCAUCGUGACUUCACCGUUAACAGCUUGUUUUUUGACCCUGUUAUUCACAAGAUCUACGAUUACUCUAAUGGAAUGAAAGACUUGUUGGAGCUAAAGCUACGAACAUUAGUACCUGCCCAUUUGUCGUUUUCAGAGGACUGCGCAAGAAUACUUCGGGGACUGAGAAUUGCCGCUCGUCUUGGCUUGUCAUUUUCAAAGGACACUGAGACUGCAAUUCAUAAACAAGCUUCAUCUAUUUUGGUUUUAAGCGAGUCCAGGAUAAUGAUGGAGAUCGAUCUUAUGCUGUCAUUUGGGGCUUCAGAGUCUUCACUUCGUCUACUUCACAGAUUUCGCAUUCUUGAGAUGUUGCUACCACUUCAGGCGGCAUAUAUUUCUAGACAAACCACUGGAUCUGGCGAAUGUACCAUGAUGCUAAUGAAGUUGUUCUCCCAUAUGGACAAGUUUAUUACCUGUGAUCGGCCAUCUGCCUGUCGCUUAUGGAUCGGACUUUUGGCAUUUCAUCAGGCACUACUAGAUAAACCUCAAGACCCUUUCGUAGUUUUGAAUUUUGCUUCCGUUCUAUAUCAUCAAGAUUGGCAAGGUGGUCUUCAAUUUGCAAGGCAAUGUGGUCGAGCACCAGUCAGUUUUGAACCUGAACUUUCAGAGCCAUGUGGUUCAAUCUCCGAUGAUGAGCUUUCCAUAAAAGUACGCCAAUUAGCGUUGCAGGUGCUAGAUUCAAUUGAAGCUUUAGUGGAGACAGAUAGUCUGCACAAAAAAAUGUCGAAAUUCCCUGGUUUCCCAUGCUCGGGUUUGAUCUUCAUACCCAAGAAGUCUGCACGUGAUGCUGCGGAACUCUUCCACAUUCUAGCACGUAAGGUGGAAACUUACAAUAAGGGAAGAAGUUCGUUUGAGAUGAACUAUCACUUGCUCGGAAAAGGAGAUGCAUCAGAGACUAGAUUUGCCGUGGGAAAGAUCAUCCUGAAUACUAUGGGCUGCAAGGUUGAUCAAGAUGAUGAUGAUGAUAACCACCCUUCAUCUUCUCGUGCAGAAAGGGGACAUUUUUCGCCAUCUGAUUCAAGACUACACCAGCCCAAUAUCUAUAACCCCAAGAAGCAACAACCGAUUGCAAAAUUAAGCGGUAAUAAGAAGCAAAAUUCAGCAACAGAGAAAAAGAGCGAAGAUGGAUCUUUUCUCGAGUUGGAACAACAGAAAGAGGUGGUUUCUAAGCAGCAUAUUGGAGCACUUAGUAACUAUUCAUGUCCAAAAAUGGAGGAUUAUGCAACGGAGAAGCCCCAAGAGAUGAGCGUAUCUCAAUCACCAACACAGAAGCUCGUUUGCAAGCUGGGAACAGCAACCGAAAAUGAAAAGUUUCCAUCCGAGUUAGAAGCUCAAAACCCUAAAGAAAAACUCAAUAUAGAUGCAGUAGUACAAGUAGAUAAUUUGAUAACCAAGGAACAAAGUGUGGACAGAAGGAAACAGGCGCGGCCACUGUCAUCUCUUUUCAAGUGAACGCCACCGCUACCGCUAAUUUUGAAGAGGUACGAUUUACGUCACCAUAUUACAUAUCCGUCUUUACGCUCUUAAAUCUUAAUGUUAAGAAAAAGUAACCAAAAUUAGAAGUAUGUAAUGUAGCCAAUGUUUGCAUCAUUUGCAUCACCAUUCAUUGAUCCGAGGGAACUUGAACCGAUUACUUCUAUAGAGCAAACCUAAUAUCUUAUCAGUUGAGCUACCUUUCAUGGCUCGUUUGUGUUGUUUUCUACUUCCAUUUUUCUCAGUUGGAAAACGGUUGUAUUUUGUGUUUUUAGUGGUAGGUUAGAAAUACAGGCUAUUUGUAUCAGCUCAUUGUACUCGUUUAUCUUUCUAACUU